AUAUGUCCAGUCCAAACAAACUCCGAACUUGAACAGAUUAAGCAAGUCAAAUAAAUUUGGGCUAUUAGCUACUCUUAGUGACAUAUAUUUAAGUAAUUCAACCCUAAAUAGAGCUGCAGCCGGAGCAGAUGAAAAGAAAGUGAGGGUCGGAUCCAUGCAGCAGCAGUCUGGAUGUUGUGAGGUUUGCACCGCCCGGCAACCUCUCAUCCUCCACCUUCUUCCCUACAGAGGUCUCCACCGCCGCCUCUGCACCGCCUGCGUACUGGCGGCGCACCCUGGUUCCUUCUGUCCUAUCUGCUUCGAAGUCUUCCUCCACAACAACCCUCCUCCUCCUCGUCUCCGUCUCCAUUGCUUCAAAUGCCCUUCCAUCGCCCACCUCUCAUGUGAUGUUGCUGCUCCUGCUCCUGCUCAUUACUUGUGCCCUCCCUGUUCCAACCCUAAUUUCACCUUUUUCAACCUUCCUCGCACUGAACCCGUCCAGAUCAACCUACAUUUGGCUAAACAGUUGCUCGCCGCUGCUUCCAUUGCUUUUGAGUCUAUCAACAAUGCUGCCGUUAUCUCGAGGAUUAACGCUGAGAUUAGGGUCAAAGAAGCUCUGUUGGCUAAGGCUGAAGUUGGCCAAUUUUUAAUGAAUCAUCAUUUAAUGCCCAAACAGAAAAGAUGCUUAUCUCAAUCUUCUGAUGAUGAUAGCUCAAGCAGUUGAGAUUCUUAAACAAUGCUGGUGUAUAACUUCGCUCUUUUUUGAAUGAUUGGGUUAUUUGGGGCUAGUUUUAGGAAAAUAUAGGAAUUGGAUUUAUUCAUCUAGCCUCUCUCUUGAAUUUGCUGUCAAAUUUUGAGCUAUAAUUGAUACUAAAAAGAAAUUGUUUA